GUGGCCGAGGUGGAACGUGCUGAGGGGAGACCCGGCAGGGGCCUCUGGGGACGACGCCCGUUGCCUGCCUCAGGAAUUCUGCGGACAGUGCGUGCCUGGGAAAAAUCUCAGGUAUUCUCAGACUUUCCUUGCUUCAGAUGCAAACAAUAAUGGAGACAAGAUGAAUUGGAGUGAGAAUUGGGACAAUGACAGAGUAUCUUCAGCAGAAACAUCUCUCUUGAAUAAAUUGAUAAGAAAGUCCCUAGUGGAAUCCUUUCAUCAUGUAGAGGUUCUACAGCGUGAUCCCAGCUCACCACUAUUUUCUGUGAGAACCUUUGAGGAGCUUCAUUUAAAACCUGCACUACUGCAAGGCAUUUAUGCUAUGGGCUUCAACAGACCAUCCAAGAUACAAGAAACAGCACUACCCAUGAUGUUAGCUGAUCCACCCCAAAAUCUUAUAGCACAAAGUCAGUCAGGGACAGGCAAAACAGCGGCUUUUGUUCUGGCUAUGCUGAGCAGAGUUAAUCCAAAUGACAAAUUUCCGCAGUGCCUCUGUCUAGCUCCCACCUUUGAACUUGCUGUGCAAACUGGACGAGUGGUUGAGAAGAUGGGAAAGUUUUGCGUCAACAUUAGGGUUUCAUAUGCUGUUCAAGGGAACAGAAUUCCAAGAGGAACUGUAAAGGAAGAACAGAUAGUAAUUGGAACGCCGGGGACCAUGUUAGAUUGGUGUUUCAAGCUAAAAUUUGUGGAUGUGAAGAAAAUCAAAGUGUUUGUACUGGAUGAGGCAGAUGUCAUGAUUGACAAACAGAAUUUCUUGGACCAGAGUGUUCGCAUUCAGAGAGCUUUGUCACCAGAUUGCCAGAUGCUUCUCUUCUCAGCAACUUUUGAGGACCCUGUACUGUGGUUUGCCCAGCGCAUUGUCCCUGAACCGAACAUCAUUAAGCUCCGCCGAGAGGAGCUGACCCUUGACAAUAUCAGGCAAUAUUAUUUUGAGUGUGAGAAUAAGGAAGACAAAUACAAAGCCCUGUGCAAUAUCUAUGGCAGCAUCACAGUUGGCCAGGCGAUCAUCUUUUGUCAGACUCGAAAAAAUGCCAAAUGGCUCUACUGGGCACUGUUGAAUGAUGGGCACCAAGUAUCCCUGCUGAGUGGAGAGCUUGAUGUUGAGCAGCGAGCAGAAGUGAUCCAGAAAUUUCGUGAUGGGAAAGACAAAGUUCUCAUUACAACCAACGUCUGUGCUAGAGGCAUUGAUGUGAAGCAGGUCACAAUCGUAGUCAACUUCAGCCUUCCUACAAAGGUGACGAAGCUUGCUGACUUCGAGACGUACCUGCACCGCAUUGGUCGAACAGGCCGCUUUGGGAAGAAGGGCUUAGCAUUCAACAUGGUGGAGAGGCAUAAUCUCCCGCUUUUGUUUUCAAUUCAAGAGCACUUCCAGAUCACUAUCAAGCGUCUUGACCCUGAGGACAUGGAAGCAUUGGAAAAAAUAGAAGACUGAGUGCUUCCAGUCUUGCAACUUCAUUCAAACUGUUUUUUCAAAUGAUUAUGCUUUGUUUUGUCAAAUUAAAAAGAGUGUUUAUUAUUUGCCCUUGAUUUUCUUUUGCUUGCACCAAACUAUUAUCAAAAGACUUACUAUGAUUACUUCAGUGCUACAUGUUUAUGUCCACAUGUACCUUCUACAUCAUUUGGGAAUACUGUGGUUAUGCUUACAGUGACUGGAUCUUCCUUGGUCAUAGUAAAAUACUUACCAACUGCA